GCGAAAAGAGUCACAAGGUCCAUUUACACGAACAACUGCAACUGCUGCCGAUGGUGCUCCUCCCGUCACCUCAUUGCGGGGAUGCUGUUCAUCCAAAACUCCUACUCGUGAGCUUGACGGCUCCAGUUCAUUUCGCAUUUUGAACAUCGACUUCGCAGACAUCCUCUACGUAUAUACAUCAUGGGUUGGAUACAAGCAGCUGUCAGUAUCUACACUCAACCAGUAGCGUCUUUACCUCUGGCGAACCGGGACGCUGACGUGAACGGGCUAUUCAUUCCGCCGGACGAGGUUGUGAAGCACACUUCAGCGGAAGCAGGAGGAAUCUGGCUUGUUAUUGAGGACAGCGUGUACGACGUCACCGACUUCCUGACGGCGCACCCCGGCGGACCAGAGAUCUUGGAGAAUUUUGGUGGCCAGAACUGUACGUGGCAGUUUUGGAAGUUCCACAACAAAUCACACCUGGCGGAAUGGUCAGAGAGGCUGAGGAUCGGGUGGACGAAUCCUCCAACGCCGAAAUAUCUUCCGCCGAGGAACCUGAUGGCAAAGUGUAUCUAG